AUGGUAAUUGGAGUAAUAAGGCCAGUUUACACCUUCAAUUCGAAAGUUCAUAAUGUCACCUCAAGACUACAAAGAACUUCCCAAUGGUCCAUAGCUAGGGCAACUUGGUACGGAAACCCUAGUGGCGCUGGAAGUGACGGUGGGGCAUGUGGAUACCAAAAUGCAGUCGACCUGCCUCCAUUUUCUUCAAUGAUCUCCGCAGGUGGCCCUUUAUUGUUUGCUUCGGGCAAAGGAUGUGGAGCGUGUUAUCAAGUGAGAUGCACUAAAAAUCAAAACUCGGCUUGCUCUGGUAAGCCUGUGACAGUAGUGAUAACCGACGAGUGCCCCGGUUGUGACUCGACUCACUUUGACCUAAGUGGUACUGCUUUUGGUGCUAUGGCAAGUUCCCGCAAGGGACAACAAUUGCGCGAUGCCGGUACCUUUAAUAUUCAAUAUAGAAGGGUAUCAUGCAACUAUCCUGGAAAAACAUUGACAUUCCACGUGGAUUCCGGAGCGAACCCCUAUUACUUUUCAGCGUUGAUUGAAUAUGAGGACGGAGAUGGUAGUCUUUCAACCGUCGAACUCAAGGAGGCAUUGGAUUCUAUGUCGUGGAAACCAAUGCAACAAUCGUGGGGAGCGGUUUGGAAAGUGAACUCGGGAUCUCCAUUAAUGGCUCCAUUAUCCUUAAAGUUGACGUCCGAGUCUGGCCAAACUAUUGUUGCUAACAAUGUUAUUCCGGCUGGAUGGGAGCCUGGGAUGACUUACCGUUCCAUUGUCAACUUCCAUUAA